CCAACCCAACCCCUUUUAUCUUUUCUAUCUGCCCUCCAUUUAGCCACCAAGUCCCACACUACUAAUAUAUAUGAAUACACGGCCUUAUUUUCUUCCAUAUAAUUAUUUUACUACUUUAUAAACAUUCCAUCCUAUUCUCUUCUCCCUCUUAAUCACUCCUAUUAUAUAGGUCCCCCCCAUUAACAAUAUAAUUACGCUUACCUUCUCAUUCUCAUAUCUUCCUUUACGCGUUCAGCUCCUUCUCUCAGGUUAUCAACGCGUUCUCUCUUUCUUUUUCUGUUCAGAACUCAACUUUCCAGAACAAGCUAUUUUACUCGUAACUUUGCUCAACCACUAGUCCACUCCAUGCCCAAUAAUUUACAUUCCUUUCGUUAGGAAAAUAAAUUCGACUACAGAAUAAAACAGAUACUUAAACGCCCACCCUACAUUCCCUUCGCUCCUUUUGUCUCAUCAAUGAAUGGUAUUCCGAAACACGAACGCCGAUGGGCGUCCGACACCGUUCCUGGGAAAGCAACCGUCAGCGCCGGAACUUCGCCGGGAACCGAAUCCAACUCCGCCGCCGAGGAGUUCGUGGAGGUAACUCUCGAUCUCCAAGACGACGACACCAUCGUUCUCCGGAGCGUCGAGCCGGCCUCCGUCAUUAACAUCGACGACAGCGUCUCCGGCAGCGGAUACGAAACUCCGGCGUCAGUCACGCGGUCGCCGACGAUCCGGCGAAGCUCGUCGAGAGGAUUUCGGCAGUUCUCGCAGGAGCUGAAAGCGGAGGCGGUUGCGAAGGCGAGGCAGUUCUCGCAGGAGCUGCGAAGGUUCUCAUGGAGCCACGGCAAUGCUUCGCGCGCGCUUUCGUCUUCCUCCGCUCCUAACGCCGGCGCCGGAUUCGAAACGGCGUUGGCGGCUCGCGCUCUCCGGAAGCAACGCGCUCAACUUGAUCGCACGCGCUCCGGCGCGCAGAAAGCACUUCGCGGUCUGAAAUUUAUCAGCAGUAAAUCAAACGGCGUUGAUGCGUGGAACGAGGUGCAGAGCAACUUCAGUAGGCUCGCCAAGGACGGUUUUCUCUAUCGCGCUGAUUUCGCUCAAUGCAUAGGUAUGAAGGAUUCGAAGGAAUUUGCUCUGGAACUGUUUGAUGCUCUGAGUCGUAAACGAAGGUUGAGAGUUGACAAAAUCAGCAGGGAUGAACUGUUCGAAUUCUGGUCGCAAAUUACCGAUCAGAGUUUUGAUUCGCGGCUUCAGAUCUUCUUCGACAUGGUGGACAAGAACGAAGAUGGGAGAAUCACCGAAGAAGAAGUAAAAGAGAUCAUCAUGUUAAGCGCUUCUGCAAAUAGGUUGUCCAGAUUGAAGGAGCAGGCCGAAGAAUAUGCAGCUCUCAUCAUGGAAGAGUUAGACCCCGAAGGACUUGGCUACAUCGAGCUGUGGCAAUUGGAGACGCUUCUUUUACAAAAGGACACGUACCUCAACUACAGCCAAGCUUUAAGCUACACAAGCCAAGCUUUGAGCCAGAACCUACAGGGUCUAAGGAAGAAAAGUCCUAUACGAAGAAUGAGCCGCAGAUUGCUCUACUAUUUGCAAGAGAAUUGGAAGAGACUUUGGGUUUUAACAUUGUGGGUUUGCAUAAUGAUUGGGCUGUUCACGUGGAAGUUUAUUCAAUACAAGCAGAAAGAUGCAUUUAAGAUCAUGGGCUACUGUCUUCUCACGGCUAAAGGUGCGGCUGAGACCUUAAAGUUGAACAUGGCACUUAUACUCUUGCCCGUAUGCAGAAACACCAUAACUUGGCUCAGGUCUACCAAGCUGGGACACGCUGUACCUUUUGAUGACAACAUCAACUUUCAUAAGACAAUUGCUGGGGCCAUCGUGAUUGGUGUUAUACUUCAUGCCGGGGAUCACCUUGCUUGUGAUUUUCCGAGACUUGUAAGGUCAUCUGAAGAAAAUUAUCAAACGUAUUUGAAAGGUGUAUUUGGUAAGCAUAAACCCAGUUAUGGAGACCUAGUUAAAGGCGUCGAGGGUGUGACUGGAAUUUUGAUGGUGAUUUUUAUGACAAUAGCAUUUACACUUGCAACCAAAUGGUUCCGCAGAAAUCUCAUUAAGCUGCCUAAACCAUUUAGUAGGCUCACUGGGUUCAAUGCCUUCUGGUAUUCACACCAUCUGUUUGUCAUUGUCUAUGUCCUCCUCGUCAUCCACGGAAUAAAACUUUACCUCGUGCAUGAAUGGCACCUUAAAACGACAUGGAUGUAUCUUGCGGUUCCAGUUUUGCUUUAUGCGUCAGAGAGAAUACUCAGAUUAUUCCGUUCUGGUUUAUAUACUGUCCGUCUCGGCAAGGUUGCCAUAUAUCCUGGAAAUGUUCUCACAUUGCAAAUGUCUAAGCCUCCUCAAUUUCGCUACAAGAGCGGACAAUACAUGUUUGUACAGUGUCCUGCUGUUUCUCCGUUUGAGUGGCAUCCUUUCUCUAUUACCUCAGCCCCUGGCGAUGACUACCUGAGUGUUCACAUUAGGCAACUUGGUGAUUGGACACAGGAGCUUAAAAGGGUGUUCUCUGAGGCCUGUGAGCCUCCUGUAUCCGGGAAGAGUGGGCUUCUCAGGGCUGAUGAAACGACUAAGAAGAGUUUGCCGAAGUUAAAGAUAGAUGGACCUUACGGUGCGCCGGCACAAGAUUAUAGAAAAUACGAUGUUUUGUUACUUGUCGGUCUCGGGAUAGGAGCAACACCUUUCAUCAGCAUUCUGAAAGAUCUUCUCAACAACAUCAUCAAAAUGGAGGAGAUGGCGGACUCAGUCUCCGAUAUUAGCAAAGGUUCAGACCUUAGUGCUGGGAGUACUACUGAUUCACCAUCUCUUAAUAAAAUUGCGCCAAAACGGAAGAAAACACUGAAGACUACCAACGCUUAUUUCUACUGGGUUACGAGAGAGCAAGGCUCUUUUGAUUGGUUCAAAGGAGUCAUGAAUGAAGUAGCAGAGCUUGAUCAAAGGGGUGUCAUUGAGAUGCACAACUACUUGACUAGCGUAUACGAGGAAGGGGAUGCUAGAUCCGCCCUUAUCACCAUGGUGCAAGCACUCAACCAUGCCAAAAAUGGAGUUGACAUUGUUUCUGGCACUAGAGUGCGAACCCAUUUUGCUAGGCCUAACUGGAAGAAGGUUUUCUCUAAAAUGUGUUCCAAGCACUGUAAUGGACGAAUAGGGGUAUUUUAUUGUGGCGCACCAGUUUUGGCCAAAGAACUUAGCAAACUCUGCUUUGAGUUCAAUGAAAAGGGUUCAACAAAAUUUGAGUUCCACAAGGAGCAUUUCUAAGCAAUUUGGACGGAGCACUCCCAGCUGUACUUAAAGUUAGCACGGUCACGUCACAACUUAAACCCGUCACUUUAGCAACUUUUGGCGUGGCAAGAUUAUAUUGAUUAUAUUCAACAGCUAAAACCUUUUUGUAUAGAUGUGAAGCAUUGUACAUACAGCCAGCGAGAUUGCUUGGCAUUUCAGUAUACAUGUGGCGACAUAACUAAAGAGAUAAGCGCAAUUAUACCGUCUACCACCUAGAGUGCGAUACAGCUACAUUGGAGAGAUGUUGACCUGAUUGUGGAGCCACGUCGAAUAUCGGCAGAUACAUCCACAGUGAAUUAGAUAUGGACAUUUUUGAAAAAGAUAAUAGGAGGUUAAAGGGGACUAGAGAAUGGAAUUCGAAUGCCUUUUUAAGAUUAACUUCCUGGUUUUCCUUCAAGGGGAUUCAGGGAAUUCUAGAAAACUCAGUGAAGCAAAUGACUCAUUUCUGCUUCUGCUUGCAUCCUAACGGGGAAGCGGGGAGAAGGGGACUAUAUAUCUUUGUAAAUGAGACUGGUAUACUGUUUUCUUUUUUAAAAGGGACCGAUAGUUCUAAUCUUUAUUUA